GGCGGUGGCGGUAGUCGCGCCUAUAUAAGAACGCGAGCACGGUAAGUGACGCGUCUCAGUGUCUUCCGUUAAGUCCGUACGAAACAACUUCGAACGCCACCACUGCCUUGACACACGGGAGCACAUCAACCAAAUCGUGAUACUUGGCGUAUACUUUUCCGUCACCGAAAACCUAUUUAGGUACAUAGCAAUUUACUGUUGAGAUCGAAACCGCUGCAAACGACCGUCGAAAAUGCGCGAGUGUAUAUCAGUACAUAUUGGUCAAGCCGGUGUUCAGAUCGGUAACGCAUGUUGGGAGCUAUACUGCUUGGAACAUGGCAUUCAACCUGACGGACAAAUGCCAUCAGACAAGACAAUCGGUGGAGGAGACGAUAGUUUUAACACAUUUUUCAGCGAAACCGGAGCUGGGAAACACGUUCCAAGAGCUGUGUUUGUUGAUUUGGAGCCAACUGUUGUCGACGAAGUGCGUACCGGCACGUACAGACAACUGUUUCACCCCGAACAACUGAUCACCGGCAAAGAGGACGCGGCCAACAACUACGCCCGUGGCCACUACACGAUCGGCAAGGAGAUUGUGGAUAUCGUGCUGGACCGGAUAAGGAAACUGUCUGACCAAUGCACCGGGUUGCAGGGUUUCCUGGUGUUCCACUCUUUCGGCGGAGGCACUGGUUCCGGGUUCACGUCUCUGCUCAUGGAACGGCUGAGCGUGGACUAUGGGAAAAAGAGCAAGUUGGAAUUCUCUAUCUAUCCGGCGCCACAGGUGUCCACGGCCGUGGUUGAGCCGUACAAUUCCAUACUGACCACCCACACUACGCUCGAGCACUCGGAUUGUUCGUUCAUGGUGGACAACGAGGCCAUCUACGACAUCUGUCGCCGGAACCUGGACAUUGAACGGCCCACGUACACCAACUUAAACCGAUUGAUUGGCCAGAUUGUGUCUUCCAUUACGGCGUCGCUGAGAUUUGACGGCGCGUUGAAUGUCGACUUGACAGAGUUCCAAACGAAUCUGGUGCCGUACCCGCGGAUACACUUUCCGCUGGCCACAUACGCGCCGGUGAUAUCGGCUGAGAAGGCUUACCACGAACAGAUGACAGUGGCCGAGAUCACCAACGCCUGUUUUGAGCCGGCCAACCAGAUGGUCAAGUGUGACCCGCGACAUGGCAAAUACAUGGCGUGUUGCAUGCUGUAUAGGGGUGAUGUGGUGCCGAAGGACGUGAACGCGGCCAUCGCCACCAUCAAGACAAAGAGGACCAUACAGUUCGUGGACUGGUGCCCGACAGGAUUCAAGGUGGGUAUUAACUACCAACCACCGACGGUGGUGCCUGGCGGUGACCUGGCCAAGGUGCAGCGGGCCGUUUGCAUGCUGUCCAACACAACGGCCAUCGCUGAGGCCUGGGCCCGACUCGACCACAAGUUCGACUUGAUGUACGCGAAGCGAGCAUUUGUCCACUGGUACGUGGGUGAAGGCAUGGAGGAGGGCGAGUUCAGCGAAGCCCGCGAGGACCUGGCCGCGCUUGAAAAAGACUACGAGGAGGUGGCCACCGAUUCGGCGGACGGCGAUGGUGACGAUGGAGACGAAUACUAACAACCACCUGCACCACCUCAACCACCACUACCACCGCCGUUUCAACAUCGCGAACGACUGCCGACGUCCAAUCACGCAGACAACAAUCUCUCUGGUUACCGAAAUUUCCGUCCUCAAGUCUCGUUCGUACGAUGACAAUAAUAAUAAAAUUAUAAUCAUAAUUAGUAUUCAGUGUUAGAAUUGGAAAAAUAAAAGGAGUUGCUUUAGUAAGUCGCUAAAAAUAUGUUCGUCGCCCAUUGCAAUGAUUGAACUCGACGAAGAUAUCUCUGCCCCUUGCCCCUCCACCAAUUUGAGCUCUGAAUAUUAUAAAUAAUAUACAUGUUAAAUACAAUACAUAAUAUACAUUAUAAUUCAUCUCCAAAGGGCAACGGAAGCGUUCUGUAUAUCGUUGAAAUGGCUAUUUCGAAUUUUUUAAAUACUACCUACUAUAAAUGGCUUUUAAUUCUGAAAAUUGAAUAAUUGACUUACACUAACAUUUACAACCGAUUGACCACUUCUCUACAAAAUAAACCUAUAUAUAUAUAUACAAUUAAUACAUGGAGUUUAUUUUAUAUUAGGUAAUAUUGUACAUUUAAAAUAUUGUAUUAUCCUUGUUGAUUGGUGGCAUAAUGGACUGCAUGCAUUUUGUGUGGUGGAGGGGGUGGGUAGAGUUCAUAAUUAUCACAAAUCAUUUUUUUUUUAAAUAAAAACUUAAUAGUGAUAAGAAUUUGUUUGUUAUUCCGUUGUAAGAAAAUUUAAGAGAGUGUGAUUGAACCCCCUACUCACCACUCAUCCAUAUCUUUAUCCCCGUACGUAAUAAUUAGAACGUUCUCAUAUUUAUUAUAAUACAAUAUCUCCGUUCGUGUAACGACUAACAAUACCUACUAUACCUAAACCUUAAGAUAGAUUUAUGCGGUUUUUUGUCAAAUUUCAAAUUUGUUCUCUUUAGUUUAUUAUUAACACAACUUAUCAAUUAUUACUGGCCUUAACUAACGUAGAUAUAAGAGUUUAUAAUAUUAUAUAAAAAAAUAAAUAUUUUUAAGAUAGUUUUUUAUGAAGUAAUUGUUAUGAUAAUAAUUGUAAUUCGUUUGUAUACUAUAAUAUAUAAUGCUACUUACACUCUUUGAUAAAGACAAAUGUAUCAACAAAAAAUCCCUUGCCUAUACUUUGUACCCGUCUUACCCAUUUAAAAAAGUUUUUAAACAAAAUUUUAUUAUUUAUAUAAUAAUAUUUUUAUUCAUCACACCAUAUUCAUAUAUGUGGCUUGAUGAGGCGCUGUCGUAAGCUCAAUCUGCGACAAUGCUCUGGGUGUACGUACCGGCUGGUCGUAUUGCUAGCACUCGGAUGGGUGACCACUCGGGUUUUUAGCAACAUAUCCUUGCCACACAUACAGACGUGACACAACCAACCGUUCCCUGCCACACAGUACCAACUACCAGGCUAAUUACCUUAGUAGUUUCAGUCUUAAUCCAAAUAAAAAAAAAUAUAUAUUCAUUUAUGUAUAAUAUUAUAUAAUUGAGAGUUGCAGGGUCAUUGACAAUUUGCAACACGUGUCUCUUUCUUUGAGUUGGUAUUUCAAUGUAGAUACCUACUGGAUUUUAUUAUGGAUAUGCUGAAGGAUUUCACAUUUGAAUAAUUAUGUAAUAUGUAAACGAGUAAUUUAAAAUAAAUAUAGGUUAUGGUACCUGUACACACGUUAA